CUCAGGUAGAAUUGUAGGUUUUGUUGUUUUGUGCAGAUUAAAUAGUUUUUUAGUUUAUUAGUGUAACAGUUUGCAGUGAGAGAUGAUUAAAACCCUGAUCUUCCUCACCUUUACUUUCCAGCUCACUUCAGCAGCCACCCACUCUCUGGAGUUCUUCUUCACCACUGUCACACCAGGAAUCAGUAUCCCAGAGUUCACUGCUGUCGGUCAGGUGGAUGAAGAGCAGGCUGCACAUUAUGACAGUAACAACAGGACAGUGGUCGUAACGGCAGAGUGGUUAAAAAAGAGUCAUAAUGAAGAGCACAUGAAGAUUUUGCUGAAUGAUCUUUUAAGUCAAGAGGCACUCUCCAAUUCCAUAAUGGAUGCUGCAUUAAAGGUGUUCAAUCAUAAUAAAACGGGGCUUCAUACAGUCCAGAGAACGAUGAAUUGUGAGCUGGAUGAUAAUGAUGGGUCUCAGAGAGGAUAUGAUCAGUUCGGUUAUGAUGGAGAAGACGUUCUCAGGCUGGAUCUAAAUAGUGGAACCUGGAUUGCAACUUUUCCUCAAGAUCUUGCUUAUGCAGACCCGGCUACAGCGCAGGCCGUGAAACAGUUUUUACAAUAUGAUUGUAUUGCUUGGUUACAGGUGUGUGUGGAAUAUGGUAAAUCCGUUCUGGAAAGGAAAGAUCGUCCUGAGGUGUAUCUGUUCCAGAAAAACUCUUCUUCUCCAGUGGUGUGUCACGCUACAGGGUUCUUCCCCAAAGGAGUGAUGAUCACCUGGCAGAAGAACGGAGAGGAACUGAAUGAGGACGUGGAGCUCAGAGAGACGCUGCCCAACCAGGAUGGAACCUUCCAGAAGAGAAGCAUUCUGACCCUCUCACCUGAGGAGCUGAAGAACAACCAGUACACCUGUGUUAUUCAGCACAGCAGCCUGAGGAAGGAGCUGGUUCUGCUGGUGUCUGAUCAUAAAGUCCUGUCAGCCACCCACUCUCUGCAGUUCUUCCUCACCACUGUCACACCAGUAAUCAGUAUCCCAGAGUUCACUGCUGUCGGUCAGGUGGAUGCAGAGCAGGCUGAAUAUUAUGACAGUAACAACAGGACAGUGGUCCUAAAGGUAAGCUGGUUAAAUAAGAGUGAUGAUGCAGAGCACUGGGAGAUGAAGUUGCACCAUGCUGCUAAUCAAGAGGCCUUCUCCAAGUCCAUAAUGGCUGUUGCAUUAAAGGUGUUCAGUCAGGCUGAAAAGGGGCUUCAUACACUCCAGACAACGAUCGGUUGUCAGCUGGAUGAUAAUGGAUCCAGGAGAGGAUUUGCUCAAUUCGGUUAUGAUGGAGACGACCUUCUCACUCUGGAUCUAAAAAGUGAAACCUGGAUUGCAGCUGUUCCUCAAAUUCUUCCUUUUAUAAACAGUUCAUCUUCAGCGCAGGGCACCAAACAAUUUAUACUAUAUCAGUGUAUCGACUGUUUACUGAUGUAUGUGGAAUUCGGCAAAUCUGUUCUGGAGAGGAAAGUUCGUCCUGAGGUGUCUCUGUUCCAGAAGGACUCUUCUUCUUCAGUGGUGUGUCACGCUACAGGGUUCUUCCCCAAAGCAGUGAUGAUCUCCUGGCAGAAGAACGGAGAGGAUCUGAAUGAGGACGUGGAGCUCAGAGAGACGCUGACCAACCAGGAUGGAACCUUCCAGAGGAGAAGCAUUCUGACCGUCUCACCUGAGGAGCUGAAGAACAAUAACUACACCUGUGUAGUUCAGCACAGCAGCCUGAAAAAGGAGCUGGUUCUGCUGGUGUCUGAUCAUAAAGUCCUGUCAGGUAAUGGAGUGUCAGUGGGUUUGAUAGUUGGUGUAAUGGUUGGUGCUCUCCUGCUCGUCAUCAUAAUCUGUACUGCAGUUUUCAUCUGGAAGAGAAGGUCAUCUGGUGUCUCACCUGAUUCUGUAAACUUUAGAUCACGUAAGUCUGUCUUGUUUAUCUCAUCUGUCUCUUUUGUUUAUCAGAUAUCAGGUAUAAAUGUUAAGCUGAUGUUUGUUUGAUUUACUUUUCUGACAAAGACUCUCCAGCUUAGCCUCCUUCUCCUGAUGUUGUUGCAGCAAAACACUAAUAAAAUCUCACUGUCAGAAUAGAGUCAUGCUUUAUAGGGUGAACUGUGAACCUUUUGCAACGAGGGACUUGGGUUUGAUGAAGUCUAUUUUUUUUAUAUAUGAAUAAUGUAGAAACGCGUUGUGUUACGAACACAAGAUCAGAGUGAUGAUCACAAUCCUUCACUCUCUGUUUCAGGAGUUACACCUGUCUCUGUCAGCUGUAUUUCAGACUCUCCAACUCCAUCUCCUUGUCCUGAUGUUGUUGCAGCAUAACACUAAUAUAAUCUCACCAUCAGAGUAGUGCCAGGUUUUAUAGGCUGAACUGUGAACCUUUUGGACUUUAUACUGAAUGUGUACUGAGGGAUUUU